CUCUCUCUCUCUCUCUCUUGUUUGGCUUUUGAGUAGCCUAAUAUUUAGGGUGCUGAGAUUGCUCUUGGCUGGUAAAAAAGCUGAAUAAAUUUUUUAUUCCGAUAAGUAAGGGGUUUGGGAACUUUUGAUUUUUGAAUGUCUGUUUCUUGACCGUUGUCAAGUUCUACAUAUUGGGAUUGUGUUGUUUGAGAGAAAAAGGAUAGCCCAGAAAAUGCAGAGGCCUCCAAUGGAAGAUUUUUCACUAAAGGAGACUAAACCCCACCUUGGUGGUGGGAAGAUCACCGGAGAUAAGCUCACAAGCACCUAUGACCUCGUUGAGCAAAUGCAAUACCUUUAUGUUCGGGUGGUUAAAGCCAAGGAUUUACCGGUGAAGGAUGUUACGGGUAGUUGUGACCCUUAUGUUGAAAUUAGGCUCGGAAACUAUAAGGGUACAACCCGACAUUUCGAGAAAAAAUCAAAUCCUGAAUGGAAUCAGGUAUUUGCUUUCUCGAAAGAUCGGAUUCAGGCAUCAGUCCUUGAGGUCACCGUGAAAGAUAAGGAUUUUGUGAAGGAUGAUUUCAUGGGUCGUGUUUUGUUUGACCUUAAUGAAAUCCCAAAACGGGUACCACCAGAUAGUCCUCUGGCACCUCAGUGGUACAGGUUGGAAGAUAGAAAGUCGGAUAAGGUUAAGGGAGAACUAAUGUUGGCUGUUUGGAUGGGUACACAAGCCGAUGAAGCAUUUCCAGAAGCAUGGCAUUCGGAUGCUGCAACUGUUAGUGGCGCCGAUGGUCUUGCAAACAUUCGAUCCAAGGUCUAUUUAUCUCCUAAACUUUGGUAUUUAAGAGUAAAUGUGAUUGAAGCUCAAGAUUUGCAGCCCAUUGACAGGACAAGGUUCCCGGAAGUUUUUGUGAAGGCAAUUCUGGGGAAUCAGGCUUUGAGGACUAGAGUUUCAAUGAGCAAAACUAUCAAUCCGAUGUGGAAUGAGGACUUGAUGUUUGUAGCGGCAGAACCUUUUGAGGAGCCUCUGAUUUUGAGCGUGGAGGAUAGAGUUGCACCCAACAAGGAUGAAGUUUUGGGAAGGUGCGCGAUUCCUUUACAGUAUGUGGACAGGAGGUUGGAUCAUAAACCUGUGAAUACUAGGUGGUUUAAUCUUGAGAAACAUGUGGUUGUCGAGGGGGAAAAGAAAAAGGAAAUCAAGUUUGCUAGCAGGAUUCAUAUGAGAAUCUGUUUGGAAGGGGGUUAUCAUGUUCUGGACGAAUCGACCCACUACAGUAGUGACCUUAGACCGACAGGAAAACAGCUGUGGAAGUCCAGCAUUGGGGUUCUUGAAUUGGGUAUUUUGAAUGCCCAGGGGCUAUCACCUAUGAAGACAAAAGAUGGACGGGCUACAACAGAUGCUUAUUGUGUGGCCAAAUAUGGGCAGAAGUGGGUGCGGACAAGGACGAUUAUAGAUGGCUUUUCCCCCAAAUGGAAUGAGCAGUACACAUGGGAGGUUUUUGAUCCAUGUACUGUUAUAACUAUUGGGGUAUUUGAUAACUGUCACUUGCAAGGAGAUAAAUCCGGAGGUGCAAGGGACUCGAGGAUUGGAAAGGUCAGGAUUCGCCUUUCAACCCUUGAAACUGAUCGCGUUUACACACAUUCGUAUCCCCUUUUGGUUUUACAUCCGAGUGGGGUUAAGAAGAUGGGUGAAAUUCACUUGGCUGUGAGGUUUACUUGUUCAUCCUUGUUGAAUAUGAUGCAUACGUACUCACAACCACUGUUACCCAAAAUGCACUACAUUCAUCCAUUAACUGUUAGUCAGCUUGAUAGCUUGAGGCACCAGGCCACUCAGAUUGUCUCCAUUAGGCUCAGUCGUGCUGAGCCACCAUUGCGAAAAGAGGUUGUGGAGUAUAUGCUGGAUGUGGGGUCUCACAUGUGGAGUAUGAGGAGAAGCAAAGCUAAUUUUUUCAGAAUAAUGGGGGUUUUUGGUGGGUUAGUUGCUGUUGGGAAAUGGUUUGAUCAGAUAUGCCAUUGGAAGAACCCCAUUACCACAGUUCUGAUUCACAUUUUGUUCCUUAUACUGGUUUUAUAUCCAGAGCUUAUUCUACCCACCAUUUUCCUCUACCUCUUCUUGAUUGGAGUUUGGUACUACAGGUGGAGGCCAAGGCAUCCUCCCCACAUGGACACUCGUCUCUCUUGUGCUGAUAAUGCACAUCCUGAUGAAUUAGAUGAAGAAUUCGAUACGUUCCCUACCUCUCGCCCUGCUGAUAUUGUUAGGAUGAGAUAUGAUCGUCUGAGAAGUAUUGCAGGGAGGAUUCAGACUGUGGUUGGUGACUUGGCGACUCAAGGGGAGAGGCUGCAGUCUUUGCUGAGCUGGAGAGACCCGAGGGCUACAGCUCUGUUUGUAGUUUUCUGUCUGAUUGCUGCCAUUGUUCUCUAUGUGACACCUUUCCAAGUUGUGGCCCUUCUGGCAGGAUUUUAUGUGUUGAGACAUCCAAGGUUUCGUCACAAGCUUCCUUCAGUGCCACUCAAUUUCUUCAGGAGAUUGCCAGCGAGAACCGACUGCAUGUUAUGAGCAAAGCCACAUUAGAUGGCAUUCCCUUUAGUCUUCUUGUAUCGCUAUCUCUCCGAGUCUUUUUGGUCAUUAAAGAAGAUGUAGGUACAAAUGGAGCUUGUUUGCAGUCUUUCACCUAGCAGUGAGUGUUGGGUCCUGGUAUGAUGUGCAAGAGAUCUCAUCAAACUGGUAAAUUUUGUGGAUUUGCUGCUUAUCUAUGCCUUUUCUAGUUAUGUCUGUUUCAGAGUUGACUCUGACAACUUAUCUAUGUUCAUUUGUCAUGUAGGUUGUGAUUUGAAUUUAAUCUGUUCUAGACAAUCUCUAUCCUUCAAUGUUAUUAAUAGGUUUCUUUCAUGGGUUUGGACUAAUAAUCUAUCCUAUGCAUUUCUGGG